AUGGCAUCGAAUAUCCUACAGCUCCCGUUCCAUCGCUCUCAUGCGGUCUCGCUCUCCGAUGCCAUCACGCAGUACAUCUCGUCUAAAUAUGACCAGCGUCCGGAUAUGUUUGCGGAGGAUCUCCUCAUAAUCAAUCGUCUUCGAUCCGAGGCUAUCAAUGUCCAAGAACCGCAUAUCAGUGGUAUCAGUCGAUUAGUCACAUACGCGGCACAGCUGAAAUGGUUGGGAGGAAAAUUCCCGAUUGAUGUUGGGGUGGAAUUCUCCUGGUAUCCGGCGUUCGGGUUCAAUUCUUCAAGGCCUGUGUCGCAAAACAAUUUACGAUUUGAAUUGGCGCAUAUCUUGUUUAAUCUAGCGGCCUUAUACUCCCAGCUUGCCUACGCCGUGAACCGGACGACCGCGGAUGGAUUGAAGCAAGCAUGCAACUAUCUCUGCCAGUCAGCUGGAGUUUUGAACCAUCUUCGCACAGAUAUCAUCCCCGACCUUCGCUCAUCGCCGCCGGAAGACAUGGACGAGAUGACUCUUCAGAGUCUAGAGCAACUCUUGCUGGCCCAAGGCCAGGAAUGCUUUUGGCAGAAAGCUGUCAAGGAUGGCUUAAAGGAUGUAUCUAUCGCGAAGCUUGCAGCAAAAGUAUCCGAUUUCUACGCUGAUUCAGGUGACUUUGCUGUCAAGUCUAACGUCAUUAGCACAGAAUGGAUUCACCAUAUGACCGCAAAGCACCACCACUUUGCAGCUGCCGCCCAAUUUCGGCAAUCGCUUGACUGCCUAGAAAAACGCAAAUAUGGCGAGGAAGUCGCACGGCUUCGGGACAGCCUUAAUUGCGCCAAUGAAGGCCUGAAGGAAUCGAAGUGGAUUAAUCGAACCGUGCUGGGCGACUUGAAUGGAAUCAAAAGUCGUGUGGCAGAAGAUUUGAAACGGGCUGAGAAGGACAACGACGUUAUUUAUCUCAGCCCGGUCCCGCCCAAGUCUGAACUUAAGAUGCUUGAUCGGGCGGUUAUGGUUGCUGCUAAAGCGCCACCGCAGGUCACAGAUGCCAUCUCCAUGCUGGGCCACAAUGGCCCAUUAGGCCAGCCUCUUUUCGCCCGACUUGUCCCGUACGCGGUGCAUAUUGCUGCUAGCAUAUACUCCGAUCGUCGGGACCGACUGGUCAAUGAAACGCUUAUUGGGGAGCUCGAGUCUAUGACAGAUAAGCUACGAGAUCUACUCUCAUCUUUAAAUUUGCCGGGGUCUCUGCAAGCGCUGGAAAAACCUCUGGGGCUUCCCCCGACGCUUGUCUCUCAUGCCGAGGAGAUGCGCCAGCAAGAUGGGUUGAACCGUCUGCGUCGGUCCGUUGAGGACACAGCACAGGUUAAAAGAAAUGACCGCGCAGUGUACGAAGAAGGCGUCGAGCUGUUAGCUGCUGAAAAGGACGAGGACAUUGCAGCACGCCGCAAAUAUGGGACGGACCGAUGGUCACGCGACACAUCCGAGAAUGCUGCGCGGAAGAUAUACACCAACUUGAACGAGAUCAAUGGCUACUUCACAUCUGCGCAGAGCAGUGACGAUCUCGUUGAGCGUAAGCUCCGGGACUCCGAGGCCGUAUUCCGAGUUCUGACGGGGUCAAAUCGAGAUUUGGAGUCUUUUGUGCCUAGCAGCCGUCGAGCUAUCAUCCUGCCCGAGGUGGAACGAGAGUCUGGCAAGCUGCGGAGCUGUCUGAGUGAAGUAAGUCGCAUGGAAAAUCGACGGCGACGUCGGAUUCAGGCAUUCAAGGACAAAGCUCGUGCAGAUGAUAUCCAUCCAUCUCUUCUCAAUGAAACUGCGCGCCUCGAACGAGAAUUUCCUAUGCAGGCCAUCCAGGCUGGCCAAUUUGAAGAUCUGUUUGAGGAGCAGUUACACUACUACGACACAGAUCGGGAUAUGAUCGUCCAGGAGAAACAGGAACAGGAGCAUCUCACAGAGAGGUUAUACACAGCACAUCAAGCUUUUACUCGGGCGCACAAGGGUGACACAUCGUCAAAGGAACGUGAGAGGGCACUGCAGGAUUUGGAGAACGGAUACUUGAAGUACAAAGAAAUAAUUUCGAACCUGGAGGUUGGACGCAAGUUCUACAACGAUUUGGCGAAGAUUGUAGGUCGGUUCCGCGACGAUGCCAAGGCGUUUGUGCACCAGCGUCGGAUGGAGGCCAGUCAACUGGAAGGGGAUAUCUCCAAUGUCGCAGCUAUGUCAUCACUGCACAUCUCCCAACCUCGCUUGCACCAGGCGCCGCAGUCGACAUAUGCAGCUCCUCCGUCCCAACCCCCGUCCCAACCUCCCCCGCCCGUUCACACCCGACAAGAGAUCACCGCCCCUCUCACAGCACCUCAGCCUCUGAGGGCAGCAGUAGCUCCGCCCUCAGUCCCCACACCGGGGAUGUGGUCUCCAGAUAUGGGUAUCCGGUUUGGAUCCGCUGGGGCCCCCCAGGAGCGAACCCGAACCCAAACCCAAAUGCGGACCCAGGGCUAA